GCCGACGUGGCGCUGGCGCGGGCGGGCAUCAAACAGGGACGAGAUCCCCAGAAAGUUUGCGGAGCGGCGGCGGGGCCGCACCGAGGGAUGCGCUCCGCUCUCUCUGGCGCCCCCGACCAAGUCGGGUCGCCUGGCACUGCCGAACCCGGCUAGCCAUGGAACUUCAUUCUCCUGUCCUUCUGCUGUGUGCCUCUGUCUCCUUGCUGGGAGGACUGACUUUUGGCUAUGAGCUGGCCAUCAUCUCUGGGGCAUUGCUGCAGUUGCAAUUAGACUUUGGGCUCAGUUGUUUUGAGCAGGAAAUCCUGGUGGGUACUCUGCUCCUGGGGGCUCUCCUAGCCUCCUUAGUUGGAGGGUUCUUCAUCGACCGGUAUGGGAGGAAGAAAGCCAUCUUAUUUAGCAACGCUAUGCUGCUUGCUGGCAGCCUGAGCCUGAGUCUGGCAGAUUCACUGUCAUGGCUGACCAUAGGCCGAGGCACAGCAGGCUUUGCCAUCUCCCUGUCCUCCAUGGCCUGCUGCAUCUAUGUCUCAGAAGUGGUGGGACCUCGGCAUCGGGGAGUGCUGGUGUCCCUCUAUGAAGUGGGCAUCACCGUGGGUAUCCUGUUCUCCUAUGCUCUCAACUAUGUGCUUGCUGACACAGUACAGGGCUGGCGGCACAUGUUUGGCUGGGCAGCUGCCCCAGCCCUCAUGCAGUCUCUCAGUCUCAUGUUCCUCCCACCAAGUGUGGUUCCACAGUGCAAGUCUGAAUCAGAGACCCAUAAGGGCCUCAUUCCCCUCCGAGGCCUUGAGGAAGCGGAAGAAGCCACAGCUUGUCCUAACAGGAAGAAACAGUACUCUUUCUUCAGCCUAUUUCGGGCCAAGGCUAACAUGCGGGGCCGGACAGUGGUGGGCCUCGGGCUUGUGCUCUUCCAGCAGCUUACUGGCCAGCCCAAUGUGCUCUGCUAUGCAUCUACCAUAUUCCACUCUGUGGGUUUUCAAGGGGGCUCUUCAGCCACCCUGGCUUCCGUGGGACUUGGAGGGGUGAAAGUGGCUGCUACCCUAGUGGCCGUGGGACUGGUGGAUCGUGCUGGGAGGAGGGUGCUGCUGAUGGCUGGCUGUACUAUCAUGGCCAUCUCGGUCAGUGGCAUUGGGUUAGUUGGUUUUACUGUGUCCAUGGACCCCACCCAGGGCUGCCACAUGCCUGCUGGGUCACUCAACACAACCUCUGCCUCCAGCCUUCCUGCCUUCCAGGUUGACCCCAGCCUGCCUCCUCUCCAAGGGGCCAAUGGGAAACAAGAAAACUUGGGCUAUGCCGACGCAAGAUUGGCUUCCCUAGAGAUGGAUGUGUCUGAUCUCAAAGCCAGAGGGACAGUUGCUGAUUCUUCAAGGGCUCAGGGAACUGUUCCUCCAACUCAUGACUCACUGGUCCAUGGCACCAGUGACCUGGUUACUGACUCCUCGACCAGCAAGCACAGGGUCUUAAACUGGAUCGCCUUACUCUGCAUGAUGGCAUUUGUGAGUGCCUUUUCUUUUGGAUUUGGACCAAUCACCUGGCUGGUUCUCAGUGAGAUCUAUCCAGCUGAAAUCCGAGGACGAGCUUUUGCUUUCUGCAAUAGUUUUAACUGGGCUGCCAACCUGCUUAUCAGCCUCUCCUUCCUGGAUCUGAUUGGAGCAAUCGGCUUAUCCUGGACCUUCCUGCUAUAUGGACUCAUGGCUGUGACUGGCCUGGGUUUCAUUUAUUUAUUUGUUCCUGAAACCAGAGGCCAGUCCCUGGCAGAGAUAGACAAACAAUUCCAGAGAAGACGGUUCUCUCCUGGGAAACUGAUCAGCGGCCACCUGGGCCAAGGACCCAGCUCAGCCUGGGCUCAAUACAGCCUGGUAGCUACAUCUACUGGCUCCUGAGAUACUCCACCUUCAUGGAAGGAAGGACACAGAUCUGAGGUCUCUAGCGGUUGGGCUCAAUGUAAUCACUGAACAUUUUCAUCUUUCCCUGAUAAGAAAUCACUGGGUCCCACGAUGGAGGGGACUCAACUUCAGGGUCACCUCCGGGCCCACAUGUGAUAGGAACAAAAUUGUGACUGGUUAUUUUUUCUCCCUAUCCCAGAUUCUCUCUCUUCUCAAGAAUGAUCAGGAAAUCCCAAACCUUUGGUCUCAGCUUCCGACAGGUGGCAGGGAACCUGACUCAACUGAUGUGCUCUACCUUAGUUUCUCCUUUUAGGCUUCUAUAAUAGAGUGCUUAGCAUGUGAAAUGUAAUAAUUAAAAUCACAGUUUAUAGAAUAUUUCAGUUUUCAAAACUCUUUACUAUCUCUCUCACUUAUUAUCCUGUCAGCUAGUUUGUUUGUUUCUUUCUUUCUUUCUGGCAGGGCAAUGAGGGUUAAGUGACUUGCCCAGGGUCACACAGCUAGUGUCAAGUGUCUGAGGUUGGAUUUGAACUCAGGUCCUCCUGAAGCCUGAAGCCAGUGCUUCAUCUACUGCACCACCUAGCUUCCCUGUCAGAUAGUUUCUUGAAGAAUCUUCCUUUGAAAACAAAGUAGCGCCAAUUUGAUAUGGUUUGAAUAUUGAAUUGGGAAGGUGUCAGGAACACCUGAGUUCAAAUCCUGCCUCAGAUACUUACUAGCUGUGUAACCUUUAGUAAAAUCAUAUCUGUAAAAUGGGGAUAAUAAUAGCACUGACCUAGGGUUAUGAUAAAAUGAGAUAAUAUAUGAAAAGUACUGUACAAAUACUAGUUAUCACCACCAUUAUUAUAAUACCAUUGUAUUAUUACACUUCAGGACACAAGUUUCAUUCCCAACAGAGCUCCUAGCUAGUUGUGUCACUUUAGACAAACAAAUCACCAUUUCUGAGCCUCAGUUUUCUCAUCUGUACAAUGAAAGAGUUGGACUAAAUAAUAUCCAAGGUCUCUUAUGGCUCUACAUUCUAUAAUAAUAUGAAAUUCUUUGUCUUCUUUUCCUAUCUUUUGGUUGUUUUUCUUUUUUUUUAAUUUUAAAUAACGAGUAAAGCUGGUAUUUGCCAUGAUGUGAGUGGUUUAGACUCUAAAGCAUUCUGAGAAUUCACUGGAGACUGAGCAGUCAGGGAAGGCCUCAUGACCAGGGGGAGGGGGAGGGUUAAGCUGAGCCUGGGAGGCUGGGUCUGCAGUACUCAAUUUGGAUGCUCUUUAGCUUCAAGCUGCCAGUGGAAAGAGUGUGACUCUGGACUCAAAGGAUCUGGGUGCUAGAAAGUCCUGCCUCCGUGUGACCUUGGGAAAAUUACUCAUCCUCCCUGGGCCUCAGUUUCUUCAUCCAUAAAGUGAGGAGGUUAGAUGAGAUGUGCCUCCCUUAUUAGAUUGUGAGCUCCCUGGGGGCAGGAACUGUCUUUUGUCUCUCUUUGCAUCCCCAGGACGCAGCACAAUACUUGACACACAGUAGGCACUUAAAUGCUUAUUGACUUACUGGCUUAAAGGAGCAUUAAUGAAAACCCCAAAGGGCCAUUGGGAGCUGAGAGCAGCAGGCCCCUUUAUUUGGAACAUUGAAGGGAAGGCCAAGGGGCUUAGCUGAAGAUACCCAAAGGACCAUAGAAAAGGAGGCGAGGGAAACCAAGGAAGGGCACCAAGGCAGCAUCUCAUCUGCUCCCCAGUGCACACACACUAAAGCCAGUAGCAGCACCUCCAGAGCUGAACGAGGAAGGGAUACAGGCAAGGAUGUCAUCAAACAGCCUGCAUCUCAAUGGUCUCUAGGCCGUGGCAAGAGGAAGGAGCCCAUGUUGGCCUAGCAGAGGGCGACUCCCAAGACAUGGUGCAAACAAGCUCUUGAUAGUUGGUGGACAUCUUCAUUCCAUAUGUCAAAGUGGCAGAGGGAGAGAAAAUGCAGGAGAAUGUGUGUUUUAUGAGGUGGGUGACACUGGAACUGUCGUGCUGAGGACACCUCAAAGGUCACAGGCAAAGGGGCGCCAAUUACCUAGGGUGCUAGAAGUUUUCAACCUGAAAGGUACCAGAAACAGACGAUUCCGGAGGGUCCCAAAGUGGGCAAGUCAGUGUAGAGAAACCCUGUCAGCUAGAGAAAGAUCAGGUCCCCCAAACCAGAGAUUCUUCAGGUCUACCACCGGGGGUCACUGUGAUUUAGCCAUUAGGUUCUGAAUUCUCAAGGAUGACAGCCAAGACUGAGGAAAGUGCGUAGAUAUGGAGAGUCAGGAAUAAAAAGGCAGACAUAUCUAGGCAUGGAAAGUUUACACUGGAACAAACAACAGAGAAAUCAGUGUCACUGUGUGGUCUGAGCAAAGUCAGAACAGGCGUGUAUACAGAUAGAGCAUGAUGGAAGUCACUUCCUGGAACAGUUGGGGUUCUGAUCUCUCUCACCUAUGAAUUCUCCCUGUCAGAUGUCCAGUUUCAUAGGAUGUCAACCUGAGAGAGACUUUGGGAAGCACAAUGCCUAAACCUCUUCUUUUAUACGUGAGGUGACUGAAACCCAAGAGGUUAAGUGGCUUAUCCAGGGUAACUGUCAUAGCUAGUAAGUAGCAGAGCUAGCACUGGAACCCAGGUCCUCUGGCUCCAAAUAGCCCCUUGUCCUUAGAUUAUUUUGAGCCCAUGCACCAUUAUUUGGCAUUAGGUGGAGGACAGGCUUAAAGCAAUUUACCCCUAGUGGACUAGACUCAUUCCCAGAACACACAGCCACCCAGAAGAGUGUCUGGUUGCCUAGGGAAGGCUUUAAACCCUGGUUAGAGUCAAAUGGUAAUGUUCAGGGGACACUGGGAGAUAAAGUGAAUUGAAGCUACACUGUGCCCUUGAAUGCUGGGUCAAGCUUAGUCUUUAAGCAAACUGUUUAAUCUUUUUUGUUUGUUUGUUUUUUGUUUUGGUGAGACAAUUGGGGUUAAGUGACUUGCCCAGGGUCACACAGCUAGUAAGUGUUAAGUGUCUGAGGCCAGAUUUGAACUCAGGUCUUUCUGACUCCAGGGCCAGUGCUCUAUCCACUGCACCACCUAGCUGCCUCCAAACCACUUAAUUUUAUUGGGCCUCAGUUUCAUCCCCAGGGAAAAUGAGGGGGUUUUCAGCUCCUCUCAGCUCUGUGUCCUAUGAUUCUGUAAUACUAUUAUUUAAUUCUGCAGGAUUGGGGAGCAAUGGAAGGUUCCAAAACAGGAGAGUUACUGGGUUUUUCCUUAGCCUUUCAACUUUAGAGUCAUAGAAUGAACAGGACUUUAUAAUGAAGAGGAAGAGUGGACUGGAAAUCACCUAACUUUACAAAGAAGGUUAAGGGACCCUAAACCUUUUCUCACUACAGUAAGCACAGACACUGAUGCCCAAUAAAUACUAAGAAAGAGUGUAGUCGAAAGGAUAUUCCAAAAAGUCAAGAGAACUGAGGUCAUGCCCAACUGCCACUAACUUGCUGUGUGACCAUGGGCAAAUUAUUUCCCCUCCCUGGCCUCAGUUUCCUUCUCUGUCAAAUGUGGGGGGUUGAACUAGAUAACUGCUAAAGUUUCUAGCUAUAACAAUCUAUGAAUCUACUAACCUGCUUAUUAAACUAAUUAAAAAUUUACAUGGUAAUUUUGUUGUAUAUUUGAAAGGAAUAGCAAGUUGUGCAUGGUAGAUUUGCAGUUUCAUGUGCAAUCAUCUUUUAUAUUGUACUAUGUUAUAUGUAUAUAUAUGUAUGUAUG